GAAUCGUGGGUGACGCUACUCCAUUUUUCACAAGCUCCAGUCCGAUUACAUUUCUAGACAUCUUAGAGGAAUAUGCUCUUCCUCAAUGGACUCCGUCGAUCCUUAAUCAACUGCUCAUCAUCCUUCCAAACAACAUUUAGAAGACUGUUUAUUCAAGUUCAAGAGACUCCAAAUCCUAACAGUCUAAAGUAUUUUCCUGGCAAAGAUGUAUUGGGAUCUGGAACUAGAGAUUUCCCCUCUUUCGCUCAUGCAAAGUCAUCUCCAUUGGCGAGACAGUUGUUUCGAAUCGAAGGUGUUGAACAAGUGUUUUUCGGUCCUGAUUUCAUCACAAUCACAAAGAAUGACAACUAUGAAUGGGCUGUGAUCAAACCAGAUGUAUAUGCAACUAUAAUGGAUUUCUAUAGUUCAGGACAACCUGUUGUCGUUGAAGAAGAGAAAACGCAGGAUUCAAAUGAACCAUGUGAAGAAGACGAUGAGACAGUAUUGAUGAUUAAAGAACUCUUGGAUACACGGAUAAGACCUACUGUCCAAGAAGAUGGUGGCGAUAUUGUUUACAAGGGAUUUAAAGAUGGUAUUGUCCUGUUGAAAUUACAAGGUUCCUGUUCAAGUUGUCCAAGUUCUGUUGUUACCCUGAAAAAUGGUGUACAAAAUAUGCUACAAUUUUAUAUACCGGAUGUGUUAGGCGUUGAACAAGUAGAAGAUGAAUUGGAUAUGGUGUCUAGAGAACAGUUUGAAAAACUAGAAGAAGAGAUACAAAGUAAACCGAAGAAUGAGUGAACUAGACUAGACUAGACGAGAGGAAAGGAGAGGAGAGGAGAGUUUAACGCUGAAAUUUGAACAUUGUGUACAUACCUGCCCUAUUUCACUGCGUUACAAUCUACUAAACC